UCUCUCUCUCUGCACACUUUUACAAGCGCGGCAGCAGCGGACGCACACCGAUCACACCCUGCUUGCAUGGGACAGUCACCGGGACUUUUCCACUUGUUGCUAAACCCGCUCAACACUCUGCCGUGCGUCUAACGGGACGAUGGUCUGGGAAAUGGCACGGUCACGGAGUUUGGGGCUGUUCGCCAGUUGUUUGUUGUUACUGCUCUGCAACGGUGCGGAGGGUCAGCGCGGCAGGGAGAGAGUUUACUACGUGGGGAUCAUUGAGGACUUGUGGGAUUACGCGCCCAGUGGAAAAAACCUGCUUAACGGGAAAGACAUCGAAAAUGACGAGCAUGCAUCUGUAUUCCUGGAAAAAGGACCCCACCGCAUUGGCAGUGUUUAUAAGAAGGCCAUGUACAGACAGUAUACAGAUGCAACAUACACCCACCUAGCCCCCCGGCCUGCCUGGUUAGGCUUCCUGGGGCCAAUACUGCGAGCGGAGGUUGAUGACGUCAUUGUGGUCCACCUGAAGAACUUUGCGACCAGGCCCUACACUAUGCAUCCCCAUGGUGUUUUCUAUGAGAAAAAUACAGAAGGGGCGCUCUAUCCAGAUGGGACGUCAAACAUGUUCAAGAUGGACGACUCUGUCCCCCCGGGAGGAAGUUACACCUACCGCUGGGAGGUCAGACCGGAAUUUGCCCCCACAGAUGGCGAUGCCAACUGCCUGACCUGGGUCUACCACUCUCAUAUGGAUGCCCCCAGGGAAAUCUCCUCAGGACUUAUCGGGGCUCUGCUCACCUGCAAGAAAGGAAUCUUGAAGGAGACUAAUUAUACAGUGCAGGGUCAGACAAAACCAGAAUCUGUUGAAGAGUCCGUCCGAAAUGAUGUGGACCAGGAUGUCUUCCUGAUGUUCACCAUAGUGGAUGAAAACAUGAGCUUGUAUCUGGAGGAGAACAUUCAGAGGUGCUCUGAUCCAGAUGGAGUCGACCAAGAAGACCCAGACUUUCAGGAGUCAAACCUGAUGCACGCUAUUAAUGGGUACAUGUUUGGUAACCUGCCCGGAAUCCAGUUAUGCCAGCACCGUGCAGUAGCCUGGCAUUUGUUUGGCAUGGGUAACGAGGUGGACAUUCAUUCUGCCUUUUUCCAUGGGAAUACACUACUGGACCGUGGCCACCGCACUGACGUCCUCAGCCUGUUCCCUGCCACAUUUGCUACUGCUGAGAUGGUCCCAAAAGCAAUGGGGAAGUGGCUGCUGACCUGUCAGGUUAAUGACCACUUACAGGCUGGGAUGCAGGCCUUUUAUGAAGUAAAGUCAUGUGGCAGUGAGGGCAGCCCCAUGUUGACGGGUGGCGUUGUGAGGAAUUACUAUGUGGCAGCAGAGAAAGUCCUGUGGAGCUAUGCUCCCUCAGGAAAGGAUCUGAUUAAUAAUGUGAGCCUUACUGAGGCCGACAGUGCAUCAGAAGUAUUUUUUGGCAAAGAUGAUGGAAAGAUUGGCGGUCGCUACCAGAAAGUGAUAUACAAAGAGUACACAGACAAUACCUUCACCACAAUAAAACCACCUGACUCUCAACACUUAGGACUCUUAGGUCCAGUCCUGAGGGCAGAGGAAGGAGACACUCUCUCUGUGACAUUCAUGAAUAAAGCUGAUAGAAACUACAGCAUCCAGCCUCAUGGCCUGCACUAUGACAAACGCUUUCAGGGAAGCAGCUAUGAGGACGGUGUUGCCAAGCCAGGUUCCCAUGUGCUUCCAGGGGAGAACUUCACCUACAUCUGGCAGGUGCAAGAAGGUCCAUCUUCAUCUGAUUCUCCCUGUAUUCCCUACCUGUACUAUUCUGCCACGGAUCCUGCCUUGGACACCAACUCUGGUUUAGUGGGACCUCUGCUUGUGUGCAAGAAAGGAGCGUUGGGGGAGAACGGAACCCAGAAAGGUGUCGACAGGGAGUUCUUCCUCCUGUUUUCUGUCAUGGAUGAAAACAUGAGCUGGUAUUUGGACGAGAAUAUUAGGUUGUUUGGCAGCAGCGACACAGAUCGUUUGGACGAGAACUUCAUGGAGAGCAAUAAGAUGCAUGCUGUGAACGGACUUAUGUAUGGGAACCUUCCCGGACUGGAGAUGUGUGCUGGGGAUAAAGUUCAGUGGUACACCUUCGGGCUAGGUACAGAGGUGGACAUCCAUGGUGUUUACUUUGAGGGUAACACCUUCAAGAAGCAGAGCACAACACGAGACACCCUCAGCCUGUUCCCUCACACCACGGCUACUGUUGCCAUGCAGCCAGACACUCCUGGUCUGUAUGAGGUGAGCUGCAGAGUAACAGACCACUACUCAGCUGGCAUGAGGCAGCGGUACAGAGUGGACCCCUGCACUCGACACGGAGAGAAGAACACACACAACCACCAACACAAACACACACAGCCAACCAAGAUUGUGCAGUAUUUUAUUAGUGCUGAAGAGAUAGAGUGGGAUUACUCACCUGAGAGAGACUGGGAGAUGGAGAACCACCACACCACAUCAGAGGACAGUCCAGGCAAUAUAUUUGUGGAGAAAGGGCCAAACAAAAUUGGCUCACGCUAUAAGAAAGUGGUGUAUAGAGAAUACACCGAUGAAUCCUUCAAAGUUCAGAAGAAACGACAGUUCGACCAACAGCACUUGGGAAUUAUGGGUCCAAUAAUCAAAGCAGAGGUCGGAGAGCAGAUUGUGAUCACUUUCAAGAACAAAGCCAGCCGGCCAUACUCCAUCACUGCACAUGGAAUUAAGGCCAGCGGCGCACACAUUCCUGUACAACCUGGCUACAUCAUUGAAUUGACAUGGGAUGUUCCACAAAGCUCUGGUCCAGGGGUCUCGGAUCCCAACUGUAUCUCUUACGCCUACUACUCCAGUGUUAAUUUCAUUAAGGAUCUGUACAGUGGUCUCUUUGGGACUCUGGUAAUAUGCAGGCGGGGUACUCUGCAGGGGGGUGACGGUCCCAAUAGACAGAGGAGUGAUGUGGAAAAGGAGUUUGCUCUGCUCUUUAUGGUGCAUGAUGAAAACCAGUCCUGGUACUUGGAUGACAAUAUUGGGACGUACCUCGGCGUCGACCCUGGUAACUUCACGGCGGACGAAGAGUUUGAGGAGAGCAACAUGAUGCACGGGAUCAAUGGUAAGCUGUAUGGUAACCUCCAUGGACUGGUGAUGAUGCGGGGCCAGAAAGUGGACUGGUAUCUACUGGGAAUGGGCAACGAAGUGGACAUGCACACCGUUCACUUCCAUGCUGAGACGUUUACCUACAAGACGGACCGCGUGCACCGGGCAGACGUCUUUGACCUCUUCCCUGGGACUUUCCAGACUGUGGAGAUGGUGGCCGGUAAUCCAGGGACUUGGUUGCUGCACUGUCACGUGACUGACCACAUCCAUGCUGGCAUGGAGACAACUUUCACCAUCAAUGAAAAAUCCUCAGAUGUCUUCACAUCGGCGGCGGGGGGAACUGAAGGCUCCCUAAAGACGCUGCUGCUCUCAAUGGCGCUCGGUCUUAUGGCUGUGGGUGGACUGCACUAAUGAAGGGACUCUGUGUGUUACCACAACACUGGUCAUUAAUGCACAUACAGUACAGGGACAAAAUCACUGUUGUGUACGUUUAUUACUAGAUGUACGUUUAUUACUGGAUUAUGUAUGUAAAUAUCAAGAAAUGAUCAAGCAAGUCAAACAGUUGAAAUGACUUUAUUUCUUAGGAUUAAAAGAAGAAUUUUAUAUUGGUGGGUUGUUUCUAUGUUGCCAUGUUCUGGCCUCUUUGCACUGUGUUUGUUGCUUUGCUUGUUUUGCAAAGCAUCGCUUUACCAAAUAUUUGAUUUCUAGUUGAAUGUGCAAUAAAGACAUUUAGUCAACGGCA